ACAAAAAGAUUUCCAUAUGGACCAUAAACAUGAGACAGAUAUUAACGUCAUACACAGUCCUGACAAAAAGAAACAACUACAAGAAUGCCACAAGUUUGCCCUCUAUAGAUGUGGUAAAAUCUUUUUGAAGGUCUCCAAGUUGACUCGUUACCUUACAGGAGAACAAUCCUAUCAAGCCAAAUGUGCCCUUAGACAGGCUUUCUUUACAUGCAUCCAGAAGUUGAGAUUGAAACCAUGUUCGCAUCGUAAAUACAACAAGGAUUACAACAUCGAGAAGUUCAGGAAGAAACUUGCUGACAGUCUCUGGGAAAAUCGGUCAUGUGUUCUGUUUACUAAGGAGAGCGACAAGUAACGCCAUCUAUGUAUUGCACCAAUAGCUGGAAAAAAAAAAGGACGAGUUGAAAAACGUCAGUUCAGAGUUUUGACAUUUGAAAAUAGAGUGAAAAAUGCACAAGUAAUCCGCAGAGGUGCAAUGAUUAAUUGAUGCUGUUUAACGUGGUUUUUUGCUUAAACUGUGCUGACACACGAGUAAUGUAUUCACGCUCACGUAACUAUUGCGAUGGAAAAUAAUUACAAGUUUAUUUUAAGUAGCACGUGACUUUAUAAAGGAUCUAAUAAUCUUGGCAGCCAUAUUCACCACAUUUCGGAGUUACAGUACACGAGAAUAUCGAUACUAUAGGAACUGCUCCCAAUAGGGGGCGGAACCGAAGAGAAACACUGGGGACACGUGCCACCAAUGUUUACUCGGUAUCGAAGUGCCCCAUUGAAUGGGGAAAUAGAGACUUACAAAUAACUAUUACGAACAUUCGCUGUUAACGUUUCGGUCAAGGUUAACAUAACAAAUAAGGUGCCCCCCCCCCCAAAUUGAAACAUGUUCCACCACCCAUGAAUCUCCAUAUAUUCAUAUAGGUAGUAAUGUAAUAUUGAUCAUGGCGCAUAGAUGCGAAGUUUUGAAAUUUAACAGAAAGCUUCGCGUAUAUAUAUAUUAUUUCGUACCUGAUAACAGCCAAAGUAUAAGUUAUUGAAAUUUCUGUAAAGUUUUAAUUAUUAUUCCGUAUAUAUAUAUAUAAACGAUCCCUGCUUUGCUAUAAACUAUUUCAUCCUGGCGUUAACCUUUAGUGAAAGAUAGUACGCUAAAGCGAGUGUAAAGUUUCGAGUUAUUAUUAUUCUGGAAUGUUCCGCAGAGCCUAGUUUUACGUGGUCGAAGACAUGAAUCCACAUAAAUUUGUUGCAGCGUCUAAUCAAAAUGAAAGCAAAUAUUAAUAUUUGAACCAUGUGCGGAUUUUUUCUACCGACUGUUGUGGAAAAAGUUCUGUAGAAUUUCUUGGUGACACAGAAAACGUAGUCAUUGUAUUGCUUUAGUUUUAAUAAUGCAGCGUGGUUGUCAACCGUUAGUUUUAACAUUAUUUUUAACGAAAUUCUUCAUAAAGCACGUGCAAGUAUAUACUUUGGUGGGUGAAUUUCAGCCUCAUCUUGAAGGUAGCGUGUAAGUGCACUUCUGGUAUUUAUGUCACUGUAAAGUGUCUUGAUCGUUACUAAUAAUGUAAUAAAAUGGAUUUAUUCGUAUUAUUCUAUAUAUAUAUGUAAAUGGAGUUGUGUUAUAAGGUGUUUAAUCAAUAAAAUGGUGACUGUUAA